CAAAUGUGAAGCAGUGUAAACAUAAAAACAUAAAAGAUAAAAAUUUUUUCUGCAGAAAAAUUAAAAUAAAAUAAAAUAUUAUUAUUACUAUUGAGUUAAAAGCGAAAAAACCGAAUACAGAUAUUUACAUUGACUGACGCAAUGCUUCACCUAUGAGAGAAGAAAAAACAUUAAUUAGUGAAAAGAAAAAAUCUUCGAGAAUACUUGAUCAUAAUUUUUUCGUCUGCUGCUUUCGACCCGAACUAUAGGGCUGCAACCUUUUUUAAUGACCUGAAACAAAGGAAAUUUCCUAAAAAAAAAUAUUAGUUUAAAAAACAAGCAAAAAAAGUCACACACAAAAAAUGAAGAAUAUUUUCGUAUUCUUCCUAAUUUUCCUCGUGAACAUCCAAAAUGGGUUAUUUUUGUCAUUAGAUCCAGUCGCAUCUACCGAACUGGAAGAAUUCAUCAAAAAUGAUUUCACGAUAUCGCUGCGUCACAUUCGCCCGCGUCGCAAAUUCCGCAUUGCCUUGGAAGCACUUUUCAUGAUUGAUUUUCCGAUGGCGCGUCAUAAGCUCUCUUUUUACUUGGAUCGGCAAAAUAAGAGAAUAACUGUUGAUAUCCAAUCCAACGCGAACAUCUUCUCGAAACACUUGGAUGCACCCGAAAUUGAUGAGAUGUCAACGAUUCGCUCGUUGGCGGUUUUGUUCCAACAAAAUUCCCUUACUCUGUAUGUUGAUUGCAAGGAAGCGUCAAAGCAGGAAAUCGAUAUUAACUUGUCGAAGUUGUACUCGAACAUGGAAGAGCCGAGUGUGAAAAUGUUCAGAGAACGAAAAUAUCCGCUGCAUAUUGAUUCGACAGUAGCCAAUGCCAUGGCACGCGCCAACUGCCAAAAAUUGGAGAAGAAAAAGUUGAUGAAGAAAAAUUUGACGGACAAAUUGUCAAAGCAAAAGAACAAAUUGUAUGAGACAGAAGGCAAUUCUGGCUCCGCUGAGAAAAACAAGAAGCGUGACAUUCGCGAUCGGUACAUGAUUAAUGAACGUUACCGCGAAGAACGCGUCGAAGUGAAAAACAAUUUUAAUCGUCGCGGAGACAUACCGAUUUUAAGCGGAGAUUGUGACGAAAGCUUGGUUAAAGCAAUCGGUGACCUGAAAGGCGUUAUCGUGUCGCUGCGCGAAGAUGUGGGCAAGCAACGACAAGAAAUCAAUUAUUUGCGUAGUUUGAUCGAGAGUUGCAAUGCAUGUAACGCUGCUCCGGCGCCACUCAUUCAAACGUGUGCAUCGCAUAAUCCCUGUUUUCCGGGCGUUCAGUGUCACGACACGCAACAAGGCAUGAGAUGCGGCAGUUGUCCACGUGGUUAUUUCGGAGAUGGCAUUAACUGUCGUCCGGGCAUGACGUGUGCCGAUCGCCCUUGCUUCAGCGGCGUUGAUUGUCAUGAUGAUCCUCAUCACGGUGCCAGAUGCGGCGAAUGUCCUCGAGGAUAUGAAGGCGACGGCAGAACAUGCCAUCAACGUAAUGCAUGUAACGAUGAGCCAUGUGCACCAGGAUCUAUGUGUUCGCCAUUGGACCAUCCUCCAUAUUAUAAAUGUUCAUGUCCUGAUGGAUCAACUGGAAAUGGUACGAGAUGUCAUGAUAUUGAUGAAUGCGAUUUAUACGAACCUUGCGAUCCCCGCGUUCGUUGCUCAAAUUUAGCGCCCGGAUUUGCCUGUGAUCCUUGUCCCCCCGGAUACAGCGGCGUUCAUGCUGGCGGAUGUCGUUUAGCUGUCUUCGAUCAUACCUUCCAACGUCAACGUUGCAUCGACAUCGACGAGUGUCGCGACGGAACAGCAAAUUGUCCUCCAAACUCCCAUUGCGUCAACACUGAAGGCUCUUACGAAUGUCAAUGCCCCCAAGGUUUCGUUCGUAACUCAACUUAUGGAUGUUUCGCCGUUGCUGGAAUGUGUCCCGAUGGCACAGUUUGCGACGAAAAUGCCGUUUGUCGUCAAAGUGAGGGACAUCGUUAUUAUUGCAAAUGCAAAAUUGGCUUUGCGGGAGACGGUUUGCACUGCGGACCUGAUAAGGAUUUAGAUGGUUGGCCCGAUUACGAUUUGGGAUGCGCCGAUUUGAGAUGUCGCAAAGAUAAUUGCGUGACGUUGCCGAAUUCAGGACAAGAAGAUUCCGAUCAUAAUGGCAUCGGGGAUGCUUGCGAUCCGCAUUAUCGGGCUCCAAUUGAGAUUGACGAGGAUGACAUUGAUCACGAUAGUAUCUUGAAUCAUUAUGACAAUUGUCCACGGAAGGCGAAUAAGAAUCAAAUGGAUUCAGAUGGCGAUGGAAUUGGAGAUGUAUGCGAUAAUUGUCCUAAUAUUGCAAAUCCUUCACAAACUGACACAGAUAACGAUUUAGUUGGAGAUGCUUGUGAUAGUGACAUCGAUAGAGAUUUUGAUGGUAUCCAAGAUUCACAAGAUAAUUGCCCGAAAAUUGCUAACAGCGAUCAACUUGACACCGAUAACGAUGGUCGAGGCGAUGCUUGUGACAACGACAUGGAUAACGACGGCGUUUUAAAUCACGUCGACAAUUGUCCUUUAGCUUACAAUCCCGAUCAAAUCAUGAUUUGCGCUGACGAUUGGGAUUUGGAUUCAAUCCCGAAUUAUCUCGACAACUGCCCAAACAACUCAAAGAUCUUCAGCACGGAUUUCCGCACAUACCAAACUGUCGUCUUGGAUCCCGAAGGCGAAUCUCAAAUCGACCCGAAUUGGGUAAUUUACAACAAAGGAGCUGAAAUCGUUCAAACGCAAAACAGCGAUCCCGGCCUUGCUGUCGGCUACGAUGCCUUUGGCGGCGUUGACUUUGAGGGAACUUUCUUCAUUGACACGAACGUCGAUGACGAUUACGUCGGUUUUAUCUUCGCCUAUCAGAAUAACAGGAAAUUCUAUACCGUAAUGUGGAAGAAGAACAUCCAAACGUAUUGGCAAGCAACGCCAUUCCGAGCAGCUGCUGAACCCGGCAUCCAAUUGAAACUCGUCGAUAGUGCAACAGGUCCGGGUCAAAUGCUGCGAAAUAGUUUAUGGCAUACGGGCGACACGAAAGAUCAAGUGAAGCUUUUGUGGAAGGAUCCACAGAACGAGGGAUGGAAAGAACGCACUGCUUAUCGAUGGCUUUUGUUGCAUCGACCCAAAAUCGGACUCAUUCGUUUGCGCAUCUUCAAUGGCGAGAACAUGGUUUCCGAUUCUGGCAACAUUUACGAUAGCACACUCAAGGGCGGGCGCCUGGGAGUCUUCUGUUUCUCGCAAGAGAUGAUCAUUUGGUCGGAUUUGGUCUACAGAUGUAACGAUAACGUGCCAGAGACAAUUUACCGCGAACUACCUCCAAAACUACAACGAGAAGUACAAAUUGAUUACAGAGACUAAAUUCUCUUCUCUCGAGUCUCUUCUUGCACACCACACGAGUCUCUAAUUAACCGCAUUUCUAUCACCUAAUUAAUCGAUUUUUAUAUAAAUUUAGGAUUCUCAAUGCUUUGAAGUCUUUCA